CGACAAAUGCCGGACGUAUUGCGUCUGUGUACGUCAGCUUCUGAGAUCCGCCCCCUGCCGGAGCAGGCAAGAUGGCCGCCUACCUGAGCCACCAGCAGAAGGUGCUGCGGCUGUAUAAGAAGUCUCUGCGGCACCUGGAGUCCUGGUGUAUCUUCAGGGACAAGUACCGCUACUUUGCUUGUCUGCUGAGAGCCCGAUUUGAGGAUCACAAGGAUGAGCGAGACAUGGUGAAAGCCACCAAACUGCUGAAGUCUGGAGAGGAGGAAUUCUGGAAGCGACAACACACUCAGCCCUACAUCUUCCCUGACUCCCCGGGAGGAACUUCCUACGAGAGAUACGAUUGUUACAAGGUGCCACAGUGGUGCUUGGAUCAUUGGCAUCCCUCUGAGAAGUCGGAAUACCCCGAUUACUUUGCCAAGAGGGAGCAGUGGAAGAAGCUGCGGGAGGAGAGUUGGGAAAAGGAGGUGCAACAGUUGCUGGAAGAGACUCCCACUGCUGGUCCCAAGACUGAAGCUUUGCCACCGGCCCGGAAGCCCGGCCAUCUUCCUCCUUUGUGGUGGCAGUUUGUGACUCGGCCACGUGAGCGCCCCACAUAAAUGGCACGGAGACUAAACGCAGAUCUGUCGUUGUGGAGUAGCUUUGAUGGGAUCUGAUGUAAUAAUUAAUCGUGCAAUAAAUGACUACAAGAGCUGAA